CCCUUUCUUUCUUCUGUGUUGACCGGCCAAGCAAAGAGGAUGGCGAAGCGAAAGAGGGGCGACAUCGGCGACGCCGAGUCGAUUGCUAUUCUUCAGCAGCAGUCCAGAGCCCACCCCAACGCUGCCGCAGCACUUCAAGGAGCGCCGAUUGUGAUUCCUCGGAAAGCCCUGUACCGGCAGCGGGCCCAUGCCAAUCCGUUUGCCGACCACAGCCUCGUGUACCCGCCGAGUCCGGAUCAGAUGGACUGGUCGCAACACUACCCGGAGCGAAUACCGCCGCUGGGCUCAGAAGAGUACAAGAAGCAGAAGGAGGCAGGGACCUUGGCCAAGGUGGAGAUAGCCGACGUUGGUUGCGGCUUCGGAGGGCUCCUCUUCUUCUUGGCCCCUCACUUUCCAGACCAACUCCUCGUUGGCAUGGAGAUCCGCACCUCCGUUACUCAAUACGUCGUGGACAAGGUCCAGGCGUUGCGCUUGGCAAGCCGUCGGAGCUCCAUCGGCGGCAAUGGCGAUACAGGGAAGCAAGAAGGGGUCGCGGGAGCAGACGCGGCGGCGAACACGGCCGAUGGCACAGGCCCCACCGCUGCUGAAGCGCCCAACGAAGCGCAGAUCAACACCGAGCUUGUCCACUCUGCUCCUGGUGUGGCGGGAUCGUACGAGAACGUUGCUGCACUUCGCGUCAACGCGAUGAAAUUCCUGCCAAACUUCUUCCACCGGGCCCAGCUCAGCAAGCUCUUCUUCCUGCACCCAGACCCUCACUUCAAAAAGGCAAAGUCAAAGGCACGCAUCAUCUCAUCGACGCUCCUGGCCGAGUACGCCUUUGUGCUCCGGCCGGGUGGCAGACUUUACACGAUUACCGAUGUCCACGACCUGCACCUUUGGAUGGUCAAGCACCUCGACGCCUUUCCCCUGUUUGAGCGGAUCCCCGACGACGACGAGCGGCUCAAGGAUGAUGUGUGCGUCGACGCAGUGUGGAACGCGACAGAGGAGGGGAAAAAGGUCGUCAGAAAUCGAGGCGACAAGUGGUUUGCUGCCUAUGAGAGGAUCAAAGAUCCUGAAGGAGAAGACGACGACGAGAUUCUCUUUUGAAGUUCGUCAUCAUGUAUUGUUAGUGUUAAAUGCAUAGCCAUAGAGGAUCAAACACGCCACCCUG